AUGGUCUAUCGCCAGCAACAGAUGAAUAUGGAUUCUGUGUUUUCGCCUUCACUUGUCAUCUUUGGACCGCAGACAACCACAUGGCCAUCCCAAAAAUGCCUCUCUCUUCUACGAUCUGACCUUCUCAAUGAACCUACCUUGGCUCGUUUCGCAGAUGCCGUGAGGAAUUUACCAAGCCUGUGGUCUUUAAUAGCAGAAGUCGAACCUCGUUUACUAAGUGGGAAGACACAAGGGCUGCAGGCUUUUGUGGAAUUACAAACAUGGCUUAACACUGGCGUUCUUGAGUGCAAAUUAGAGAGCAUUCCAUCGAAUGCCUUGCAGUCCCCAUUGACUGUCAUUCUUCAUGUCGUGCACUAUAUCAAAUGCGUGAUACAAAGAUCAAUGUGCCAGCCACGCAGCACGGAUGACGACUUACCAGAGAAAUUUGGCCUCCAAGAUAAUGCAGUUGAUUUUAGCGAAUACGCCUCAGUAGCGUUACGUUUGGCCGCCUGCCUUGGUGUUUUCGUUGAUCUCAACGGUGGUCGAGAUGAUCCGAAUGAGACGAUGCAAGCAGUUGUCGUGCAGUGGAAAACAGACCUUCAAAGGUUAUGGCUUCUUCAGACCAUGGCCAAUUAUCCCAAAGCAUAUACAUCGGUGUUAAAGGAUAGUACAACCUUGACAAUAGUGGUCCCCCAGAUGUCUGUCCCGUCGAUAAGACAGACACUUUUAUCCGAGGGCAUACAUGUUACCCCUCUUAGCCUCGCAGGUCGCUAUCAUCACUCAUCAAACGCCGAUGCAGUACGAAAGAUAAUACAGCUUGCCCAUUCGAGACCCAUUGAAUUUCAGUUUCCCAGCACGACAAGGUUGAUGCGACCACUACGAGCAAAUUACGACGCCCAAAUCAUUGAUGGUGGCCGACAAGACCUGAUACUGCAUGAAAUGGCAAUCAAGUCACUUCUAAUGGAACAGGUUGAUUGGCAUACACUUAUGAAUGCUACCCUGACGGAUGGAGACGCGGAGCGCUUUCCAUCCAUUCUGGUGGUAGGGCUUACAAACUGUCUACCACAAGAAGUACUGCACAGAGAGGGCGGUUUGGAUAUUCAGUUCUCAGAGGAAGUUCGCAAACUACAGACAAGUCCACCACUUAACUCAGGGCUAACGCCCCCGCAACUAAACCAGGAAAAUUCUAUUGCAAUUGUGGGCAUGGCUGGCCGCUUUCCCGGGGCUGAUACAUUAGAGGAAUUCUGGACCCUGUUGCAACAAGCAAAGUCAACACUCUCCGAACUUCCUGCAAAUCGAUUCAAAUCAGAUGUGUUGCGUCGUUCUGUAACAGGAACUCGCUUCUGGGGCAAUUUCAUUAAUGAUAUAGAUUCGUUUGACCGUCAAUUCUUCAAGAUUUCCUCGCGAGAGGCAACGUCCAUGGACCCACAGCAGCGACUAGUACUUCAAGUCGCUGUCGAGGCGAUGCUAUCGGCUGAGUAUUUCAGUCAACGGAAUAAUCCCAGUACAGACUUUGGAUGCUAUCUUGGGGUGGGAUCUGUGGACUAUCAUGAUAACAUAUACUCCCAUCAACCGACCGCAUAUUCGGCCGUAGGAUCCUUGAGGGCAUUCCUAAGUGGAAGGGUCGCACAUUAUUUUGGAUGGACUGGUCCAUCAAUUACCUACGAUACAGCCUGUUCGUCAUCUAUGGUGGCAAUUCAUUCUGCUUGUAAAGCACUCUUGGCAGGCGAGUGUAGUGGAGCGCUUGCUGGGGGAGUGAAUAUCAUCACUAGUCCAGCCCUGUAUCAGGACCUUGGAGCAGCGUCAUUUUUGAGCCCAACCGGGGCCUCAAAGGCUUUUGAUUCUGCUGCGGAUGGAUACUGUCGUGGGGAGGGCUGCGGUCUUGUUGUACUCAAGAAACUCUCCGAUGCAUUGGCCACGUCAGACCCAAUUCUCGGCGUCAUUGCCGGCUCCGCAAUCAACCAGAGCGAGAACUGUGUCUCAAUAACGGUUCCUCAUUCUGGCUCUCAAAGUACUCUUUAUCGUAAAGUUCUGGCUCAAUCAAAUUUGCAACCCUCAGAUAUCACCUAUGUUGAGGCCCACGGCACAGGAACCCCCGUAGGCGACCCGAUCGAAUGGCAAAGCAUUCGUGCUGUUUUUGGUGGACCUCAGCGUGAAAUUAAUAGCGGAAAGAGCGAAAUGAAAAGGGCAUUACAUGUCGGCUCUGUCAAAGGAAACAUUGGCCAUCUAGAAGCCGCCUCAGGCGUUGCGGCACUCAUCAAGUCCGUCUUGAUGAUCCAAAAAGGCGAAAUCCCAAAGCAAGCCAGCUUUACAGUUCCAUGGAAUAUGGGUUUUCGUGGUAUUUGUGUCAACAACUACGGAGCGUCGGGGACAAAUGGAGCCCUUAUUGUGUGUGAAACACCUGCUUCACCACCACCAUCAUCCGCAAUAUCCACAAUUUCGUCCCCAAGGAAACAUAUUGUUUCUAUUGCUGCUCAUUCCCGUCGGAGCUUUCAAACAUACUGCUCUUUGCUGCUUCGACAAACACUUUCUGCUAGCCAACAAAUGUUCAAUCUAGCUGACUACGCUUUCAAUCUCUCACACAAACAGAACCUCAGUGCUAAAUUCCGGAGAACCGCCGCUAUAGAGUCCAUAGAAGAGCUUCGCUCUUUACUUGACGAUUGGCAGGACGAUAAGGGAGAUAAUGAGGAUGAUCAGCAGUUCCCAGCACAAUCAUCGGGUCAGGUAAAGCCAAUAGUCUUAUGUUUCGGCGGACAGUCGAGUAGUAUUAUGGGCUUGAAUAAGGAAAUAUAUGAGACCAUAACACUUUUCCGUUUCUAUCUUGAUGAGGUUAACACUCUCUUGAGCGAACAAGGUAGUGUUACCAUUUAUCCUCAUAUAUUCAGCAAAGACCCUAUUUCCGAUCCGGUGACUUUGCAUUGUUCCUUAUUUGCCCUCCAGUACGCUUGCGCUAUGUCAUGGAUCAAUUCUGGAGUGACGAUUAGAACUAUCAUCGGACAUAGCUUCGGUCAGAUUACAGCGCUCUGUAUUUCUGGGGUGCUCUCAUUAUAUGACUCCGUGAGAUAUGUUUCUGGUCGUGCAUCUCUUUUCGUAAAUAAAUGGAACUCGGAAACAGGCACAAUGAUAACCGCAAGAGCAACAGAUAUUGACGGAAUGUUACCGGCACUUUUGGCAACAAUCUUGCCAGAGACGCUCGAGGUAGCAUGUUAUAACAGUUCCUCCGACCUUGUUCUAGCUGGCUCAACUUCGGCCGCUAGGAAAUUCAAAACUGCUGCGGCAGGGAUCUCAAAUAUUGAAGUGAAGGAGCUAAAUACUGAUCGAGCAUUCCAUUCAAGUCUCAUGGAUGACAUACUACCUGAUCUGAGGAGACUUGCCGCUAGUUUGACUUUUAGGAAUCCCAAAAUCAAUAUUGAGACUUGCACUCAGGGCAGUAGCUGGACUAGCUUUACUGCCGACAACUUGGUUGCACAUUCCCGCCAGCCGGUCUAUUUCAGGGAUGCUGUACAAAGGGUUAAACAGCGUCUAGGGGUUUCUUGUAUCUGGCUUGAAGCAGGCUCUAGGUCUUCCAUUAUACAAUUGGCUGCGAAAUGUGUCAUGGAAGACUCACAAGGGUCAAUAUUUCUGCCCGUGGAUCUCUCAAAUAACGAUCGGCCGCUGGAUUCGCUGUUAAAUACCACCCUCCGACUUUGCGGUAUUGGCGGCUAUCCCCGAAUACAACACUGGUUGUAUCAUCACCGACAGCGAUCUCACUACAAACAGAUUAACCUACCACCUUAUCAGUUUGAUAUGUCGCGGUAUUGGCUGGAGUACAAAGACUCCAUUGAAGAAAAUACUUAUCCAAGUGACAAAGCAACUAGCACCGGCAAUGAAAGUCAUAGACCGCUUCAAUUCAUCGGAUAUGCUACUAGCAGCAAGGAUACUGCAGUCUUUGCGGUUAAUACAAGGUGUUUGGACAUUCAGACGACUAUAAGCGGACAUGCGGUCAUGGGAAAUGGUCUCUGUCCAGCAUCUCUGUACAUAGAGCUUGCCGCUCAAUCGGUUUAUCACCUCUCCAGCCAUGAUGACAAGCAUCAUGUAGCCCAAGCCGCUACAAAUUCUACUCUUCUUUUACCCCAAGUGACGGAAUUGCGAAUUCUUGCUCCCUUGGGUCUGGAUACCUCAAAUUCAAUUCAUAUCGAACUUUCGCGUUCUACUGAUAUUGGUGGUCGAGGCUGGAGUUUUACUUUGACCAGUAAUCACAUGUCUUCUCCCAAAACGAGUACUUGCCACGCAUCAGGGAUAAUACGUAUCCAAGACAUAGACGAUGUGCAUCUCUCCGCCGACCGCAGUGCACUCGAGCGUUUUGUGGGUAAUAAUCGUUGCCUAAGGCUGCUCGAUGAUCGCCUGGCAGAAUCCAUGCAAGGUUCGCUUAUAUACCGGGUAUUUGACAGGGUGGUCAACUACAAAAGCUACUACCAGGGUAUCCAGCGGCUUUCGUCGAAGGGCGCUGAGGUUGCGGGUGUUGUUUCUAUGCCCGAAGCAUCUGUCUCUCUCCUAGCUGAUAACACUUGUGAACCAUUUCUCAUGGACAACUUUCUUCAAGUGGCAGGUUUACACGUCAACUGCCUUAGAGAUACUCCUCGAAACGAUGUCUACAUCUGUACUUUUAUCAAAGAAAUGCAUAUGUAUGAGUCACUGACACCGCUAGACGUAACCAAAGAACUUCCCUCUUGGAAUGUGUAUGGAUACACAAAGGAACUUGACGAUAUAAAAAGGAAUCUCGAAAGCGACAUUCUGGUCUUCAAUGGGGUCACUAAGUCACUAGCAGUGGCACUUUUGGGUGUCAGAUUCUCAAGGGUGAAUAUGAUUUCAUUGGGAAAGACUCUGUCUUUUAUUAAUUCGACGGCGGGAGUUGCUCCAUCUACAACUUCAAACGCGCCUGUAAUAUCCCGCUCUUUGGAAAACCUAGAUAGUGAGGAACUAUUAGAUUCCACCUUAGCGACACAAAUUCGAAAAGGGCAAGAAGACAUUCCAUGCCCUGAAAAUGUGACUACGCUGUCUUUACUUCAUACGCAGUUGAAGGAGCUUCUCAGCAGUUUUACAGACAUCCCUACGAAGGAAAUUGACGAUAGCACAACUUUAGAAGCCCUUGGAAUUGACUCACUCAUGGAAACAGAAUUUUUAUCAGAAAUACGGAGUGCCUUCUGCAUAGCGGUGCCCGCCGAUGAGCUUCGGGGCAUAUCAGUAGCGGGUCUACUAAGCCUCCUGGACUCUGAAAAGCCUCCCUCUUCAAAUUCAACAAGAUGUUCGGUUCCUUCGUCGGAUGUUUCUACUCAGGGCACUCAGUUUUCAACGGUCUCUACAUCCUCUCUGGUCCAGAAAAGAGAUACAUCAAAAAACGUGUCUUUCCACACAGAGAACGUUCAAAGCAACUUUUCCACUUUGGUGAAUUCGCAUGAUCUUCUACAGCCAGCUAUUGAAAAAGAGGCUAGGAAAGGACCAACUUUUUUCGAUGAUAUCCACGAAGUUUUCUCAACGAUCAAAAGUGGAAUAGGCAUUGGCACUGGAUUUUCGGGGUUUUACACCAACGUUCAUCCGAGACAGCUGAACUUGGUCACAGCUUAUAUCGUGGAAGCUUUUGAUAUACUUCGCUGCCCUCUUACCACAAUUUCUGAAGGCGAAGCAGUAAGGGCUAUUCCUCAUAUCCACAAAUACGAAAAGCUAGUACGUCAACUAUAUCAAAUUUUAGAGGCUGCUGGUAUCAUUUCUCGGGAUGGCGGCAGUGUGUACAAACGAACUGGGUAUUCUAUCGACAUUCCCUCGUCCGAAAACCUACUUAAGAAUAUCUUACAAGACUUCCCUCAUUACUCAGAUGAGCACAGGCUUCUUGCAAUAACUGGACCUCGACUUGCAGAUUGUCUGUGUGGGAAAGUGGACGCUAUUAGUCUAAUAUUUGGUAGUCGAGAAAGCAAAGAGUUACUGGCAAAUGUUUACCUCAACGCUCCGAUGUUCGCGGCUGGCACACAGCUGCUUUGUAGUUUUUUAACUCGUCUAUUGACGCUAUCGCUACCCAAAAUGAACGACAAGAGUGAUAAUUAUAGAGGAAAACCACGAGAGGGUAUACGGAUACUGGAAAUCGGUGCUGGUACUGGCGGGACGACGAGCAGGGUGAUUCCAGCUCUUGCGGCUUGCAACAUUCCCUUCCAGUACACAUUCAGUGAUAUAUCAGCUUCACUCGUUGCUACUGCAAAACAGAAAUUUGCUUUCUGCAAGGAAAUGACAAGAUUUACUGUUAUGGACAUUGAGCAAGAGCCAAAUCCGGAAUUUAUUGGCAAGUAUGACAUUGUCAUGUCGACCAACUGUAUUCAUGCGACGAGAAACCUAACCGCCACGAUGACGAACAUUCGCAAGUUGCUUGUCCCCGGUGGCCUUCUUUGUUUGGUGGAGCUAACGCGAAAUUUAUUUUGGUUUGAUUUGGUUUUUGGCUUACUAGAAGGCUGGUGGUUAUUUGAAGAUGGACGAACGCAUGCUCUUGCUUCUGAGUUCAUGUGGAGAGAAUGUUUGAUGGAUGCAGGAUAUGGUCAGGUCAAUUGGACGGGAGGUAAUAACAAGGAAUCAGAACUUCUACGCCUAAUUAUUGCUGUGAAUCCAGCAAGCCCACGACAAUCAUUUUUCACGCAGCAGACAUCUGUCCAACGUAUAAAUCAACAAAGCGAGCCGAAUAGGCCUACGGUAUCGCAGAGUUACAAUUCUCAUCGAAAUGCCCUUCCUAAAACAUCUCUGCCUGCCUCUAUGCCCCCCAGACUACCUUUAAGCACUGAGAAGGGUGCAGUUGUUCUCUUGACUGGUGCAACAGGAAGUUUAGGAAGCCAUGUGCUGCAAAAUUUACUCAGCCGUACAGAUGUCCGCCGUGUGGUUUGUCUUAAUCGUCUAACCACUCAAGAUGCUGUCUAUCGACAGGCCGAAGCAUUGAGAAAUCGCAACAUUGAAAUAAGCCCUCAAAAAUGGUCUAGAAUUCAAGUACUAGAAACUAAAACCGAAUUUCCAAAACUCGGUCUGGAUGAUAUGGUUUACGGCGCCUUGUGCGAUGAUGUGACGCAUAUAGUUCACAAUGCUUGGCCCAUGAGUUUUCGACGACCACUCAAGUCGUUUGAACCGCAGUUCAAGGCUUUACAAAAUCUUAUCCAGCUUGCUCGUAUAAUUAGCAACAAGACAGAACGGCCUUCUAUCACACCUCGACUUCUAUUCAUUUCCUCUAUUGGAGUCGUGGGACAGCAUUCUGCCAUACAAAAGAAUGAAAGUAUACCGGAGGAAUCUAUUUUAAGUGAUUCUUCGGGUCUGGCAAUGGGCUACGCACAAGCAAAACUGGUUUGCGAAAAAAUGAUACAAGAUGUCCAUUUGGAGGAAUCAGAGGCGGACAGGAUCGAGGCAACAUUUGCUCGCAUUGGACAAAUGACAGGAUCUCGAAUGAAUGGGGUAUGGAAUCCUGAGGAGCAUUUCCCGGCUCUACUUCGAUCAUCACAAACAGUCGGGGCGUUGCCUCGAAUUGAUGGAAGUGUUUCUUGGCUUCCAGUCGAUAUUGCAGCUGCAGUAGUUGGUGAUCUGUUGCUGGACCCUCGACCACCUCAUCUUGUUUACCAUAUUGAGAAUCCUAUUCGCCAGUCUUGGAUUGAACUAGUAGACCAGUUCUCCAACCACCUUGACGUUCAUACAACGAUACCGUAUAGCGACUGGUUAAACCGUGUACAAAGAAUUCCAGACGCUAAGGAAACGAAAGAUGGGGCAUAUAGUGCUAAUCCUGCCAGGCGUCUCUUUGAAUUUUUUGAGACCGAUUUUAUACGCAUGGACUGCGGCGGCGUCAUUUUAGACACGACUUUUACGCAGAAUAUCUCACGCACCCUACGAGAAGCUACAACUGUUAGUCCAGAAAUAAUAGCGCAUUAUAUAUCAAACUGGAAGCGCAUGGGUUUUCUGAAGUGA